AUGGAGCACCUGACAGUUCUCGCUCUGGCAAUUGCUGUGUGCUUAGCUCUUUGUAACGCUUCCCCACUGAUGACAACGCCAGAUGACCGUCGAAUAGCAGAGGAUUAUUUAGCACGAUUCUACAAGGAUCCUGAUGUGACUCAGCCGAAUGGCAGAAGUUUGUACCUUCCCAAUUUUGAGAAAGAUCUGAAAGCCAUGCAAGACUUUUUUGGGCUAGAGGUCACAGGCAAGCUGGACACAAACACUCUGGAGGUGAUGAAACAACCUCGCUGUGGUGUCAGUGAUGUGGCGAGAUACGUCCACUUUGAUGGGAAGCCCAAGUGGGAUCAAAGUGUUGUAACAUACAGAAUAACAGAAUACACAUCACAGUUGCACAGGAGUGAAGUAGACGCCACUAUCGCUAAAGCCUUCAAGCUGUACAGUGAUGUCAUUCCUCUCGAUUUCAAACAGAUCUACAGCGGCACAGCCGAUAUCAUGAUUCUCUUCAAAGCUAGAUAUCAUGGAGAUAGCGAACCGUUUGAUGGACCCAAUCAGGUUCUGGCUCAUGCUUACUCUCCUGGUCCAGAAGAAGGAGGAGAUACACACUUCGAUGAGGAUGAGGAAUGGACAUUAAGUUCACAAGGUAUCAACCUGCUUUUGGUGGCUGCCCAUGAAUUUGGUCACGCGUUAGGAUUAGAUCACUCUAAAGACCGAUCGGCUCUCAUGUAUCCAACUUACCAAUAUGUCGACACAAAUGACUAUAAACUUCCAGAGGAUGACCGACUCGGGAUCCAGGCUCUGUAUGGGGUUCGAGGAUCUACAGAUAAACCUACCCCAAAGCCUGAGCCAAAACCAGAGCCAUGCAAUCCUGACUUAGUUUUUGAUGCAGCAACCAGCAUUUGGGGAGAUCUGUACUUCUUUAAAAAUGGAUACUACUGGAAGAAAGGAUAUUACAGUGGACUUUCACAGCAUAAAAUAAGCUCUUUGUGGCCGUCUAUUGAUUCUGUUGAUGCUGCUUAUACAUCGAAGGACAAAAAAACUGCCUUCCUCUUUAAAGGUCAGCAAUACUGGGGUGUCAAAGGCGGCAAAAUCUUACCUGGAUAUCCCAAACCCAUUUCCAACUUUGGAUUUCCCUCUUAUGUGAAAAAGAUUGAUGCAGCCGUAUAUGUGGGAUCCACUGACAAAACUCUAUUCUUUGUUGGAAGCAAAUAUUGGAGCUACAAUGAAUGGAGAGGUAAACUGGGCUUUUCUAAAAGAAUUCAAGAUAUUUUUCCUGGAAUUGGGUCACGUGUGGAUGCUGCUUUUGAAAAUCGUGGUUACCUGUAUUUCUCAAAUGGUGCACAGCAAUUUGAGUAUGACUUCAGAGCAAAACGAGUGAAUCGUGUUCUGUUGAAUUAUGGAUGGCUAAACUUGCAAUUCAUCUCAUUGAAUUGCAAGUGCAGAAUUUUUGCGACAAGUAUGGAGCACCUGACAGUUCUCGCACUGGCAAUUGCCGUGUGCUUAGCUCUUUGUGACGCUUCCCCACUGAUGACAUCGCCAGAUGACCGUCGAAUAGCAGAGGAUUAUUUAGCACAAUUCUACAAGGAUCCUGAUGUGACUCAGCGGCGUGGCAGAAGUUUGUACCUUUCCAAUUUUGAGAAAGAUCUGAAAGCCAUGCAAGACUUUUUUGGGCUAGAGGUCACAGGCAAGCUGGACACAAACACUCUGGAGGUGAUGAAACAACCUCGCUGUGGUGACAGUGAUUUGGUCAGACAAUAUCAAGGGAAGUCCAUAUGGAAGCAAAGUGUUUUAACAUACAGAAUAACAGAAUACACAUUAAAGUUGAACAGGAGUGAAGUAGACGCCACUAUCGCUAAAGCCUUCAAGCUGUACAGUGAUGUCAUUCCUCUCGAUUUCAAACAGAUCUACAGCGGCACAGCCGAUAUCAUGAUUCUCUUCAAAGCUAGAUAUCAUGGAGAUUCAAAGCCAUUUGAUGGACCCGGUAAGGUUCUGGCUCAUGCUUACUACCCUGGUCCAGAAAUAGGAGGAGAUGCACACUUCGAUGAGGAUGAGAAAUGGACAUUAAGUUCACAAGGUGAGAACCUGCUUUUGGUGGCUGCUCAUGAAUUUGGUCACUCGCUAGGAUUAGAUCACUCUAAAAACCAAUCGUCUAUCAUGUAUCCAAAAUACCAAUAUGUCAACACAAAUGGCUAUAAACUUUCCCAGGAUGACCGACUCAGGAUCCAGGCUCUGUAUGGGGUUCGAGCAUCUGCAGAUAAACCUGCCCCAAAACCCGAGCCUAAACCGUGCAAGCGUGACUUAGUAUUUGAUGCAGCAACCAGGAUUGAUGGGGAACUGUAUUUCUUUAAAAAUGGAUCCUACUGGAAGAAGAAAAUAUAUAAGAAUACGCUUUCAUUGCAUAACAUAAGCUCUUUGUGGCCGUCUAUUGAUUCUGUUGAUGCUGCUUAUACAUCAAAGGAAAAAAACACUGCCUUUCUGUUUAAAGGUCAGAAGUACUGGGUCAUCAGAGGCAGCAAAACUUUGCCAGGAUAUCCUAAACCCAUUUCUAACUUUGGGUUUCCCUCUUAUGUAAAAAAGAUUGAUGCAGCCGUAUAUGUGGCAUCCACCAGCCAAACUCUGUUUUUUGUUGGAAGCAAAUAUUGGAGUAGAAGUAAUAGUAAAAUGGACCAAGGCUUCCCCAAAAACAUUCAGCAAAACUUCCCUGGAAUUGGGUCACGUGUGGAUGCUGCUUUUGAAAAUGCUGGUACCAUGUAUUUCUUAAAUGGUGCGCAAAAAACUAAGUAUGAUUUUCGCUCAAAACGAGCAAAUAGUGUACGGUUCAAUUUUAGAUGGCACAACUGCACAUAUAACUGAAAAUGUAUACAUUUUAUUUUAUCUUAUGUAUUCCUUAUACAUUUUCUGUUUUAUAUGGGGAAAGCUAUAAAAAUAUAUUGGCUUUAGUAAUAAAUGUAUUUUAACUUAUUUUUUCACCAUGUAUACAUUUUAAUUUUUUAAUUUUACUCUCCUCUGAAUGAUUUUAAAUAGCAUGUCUCAUGUUUCUGCCUUCUCAGAAUGAGUCUAAAUAUUUGUUGUAGUCCUUCAUUUAAUGUAAAGCGUAUGUCAAACGUAUGGCUGUAAAUGUAAUAACUGAUCUGAAUUGAUGGCUGUUCUGUACAGUAUAAAACCAAACUAACAUAAAUAAAAGAGUACAAGGAAUUUGUGUUGGUUACUGAUGCUUAACACUAACAGUGAAAACCACAAUACUGUAGGCUAAAUAAGGACAUUAGAUAACAGAUUUAAACUAAAUUAUUCACUUACAGU